GAUACCUUUCAUCCUCGUGUUUCAUUAUAUUUUAAAACUGCAAAAAGAAAAAUAAAUAACAACAUGUUUGAUGCUGCAAGGUAAAAUCCCCCGACGGGGAUAGAGUGAGUACACGAGAGAAUCGUAAAAAGAAUCGAAUAUUAAAUGAAAGAGAUGGAUCGAAAGCUGAAUAUAUAUACACGCGUAAAAGUGUAAUAGGAAAGAGGAGCGGAAAGGGAGCGAGAGAAAAUGUGAAAAAGAAAGAGGGAGGGCAGAUAUAAAUUAAUUUUAUUCCGAGAAAAUUCGCUUGAGGAGCGCGAUCCAGAAAUAUACGACAAGCGGAUCAAAAUAUAAUCAGCUAGAGAUAAUAAUAAUAAAAGAGAACGAGAAAGAGGGAAGGGGAGCGCGCGCGCGAGAGGAACACGUCGAGGCGGACGACGAGCCGUGCGCCGAAAGAGCGAGCGAUCGACGCGUCGUCGUCGGAGGCACCGGCGUCCUUGCCAGCUAACCGCCGAGUUCUUUCUCGCCGUGGCGGAGGGGGUAGGCGAGCGGGGAAGCGGCCCCCACCACCGCGCCUCGCCUCUCCCCACUUUUCGCUCAUCCCCACCACUCGGCGCGCUAUGUAAGAGCCCGCACAUGUUACCCCGCGUUCCAGUCUCGCAGCGGCACUCGCGAGCGUCGUUUUGUACGCGUCGAAACGUGGUUACGGAUCGCAGGAAGGGGACGAUAAAACGUUCGCGUUCUCUCUCUCUCGUUCUCACGCACAGAUACGAAGCUACCUAUACGGAUCUCGCUAUUGCACACAGGUACGCAGGACGGGGAGGACGGUGUGUACGUACGCGUGCGCGCGAGAAGGAGUUCUUUUCAGUGCCUCGCUCGGUCUCGGUGCCCGACACAAUCUCAGUCGCGCAACACCGCUUCGCGAAGGUCGAAGAGCAGUUAAUCGAGGGAACGCGACAGGACGCGCGACAGAGAGAGAGAGAGAGAGAGGGAAAGGGGAGCGAGUCCGCCACCGUUUCCACUCCAUUCCCGCGUGUCUCGCGGUGCUUUUCUUUUUUUACUUUUAUACACACGUACCGUGCAAUUUUUGUGAAAUCUUAUCGAGUGAAGGAAGCACUUAUACUUUACCCCGCCCCAGAUUCAUCUGUCAUCUCCUAUCCUCCUUUCUAUCUUCGCGCGCGAGUGUUUGAGUGAAAGAGGAGGAAGUUUCUCGUUGGAAGGACUCAUCGCAGUGUGGAGUAAGCCGUGGAGCGCGACGUCGUCAUCGGGAGCAGCGCUAGAGAGAGACGGACACAUCCUCAGAUAUUCGCGACUAUCGUGACUCGCAUGACGACAGUUCGCGCGCGGUGAAGAAUCGACGGUCACCACAUCCGGCAGCUCCGUUAGUCGAGCGCACGUGUAUAUAACACACUACCAUCUCCGGAACAAUUCCCCGCCGGUGGCAAAACGGCCGAUCGUGCAGACGUCCUCGGUGCUAUCCCGGUGCGAGCGACGACAACAGCCCAAAGAUUCUCCCACCAAAGGCCAAGAUGCAUAUCGAGGUGCAGGUGGCGCUUAACUUCGUGAUAUCGUAUCUCUACAACAAACUGCCGCGCAGACGGGUGAACAUUUUCGGCGAGGAGCUCGAGAAGGCGCUCAAGGACAAGUUCAAGGGCCACUGGUAUCCGGAGAAGCCGUUCAAGGGCUCGGCGUUCAGAUGCCUCAAGACCGGCGACCCGGUCGACCCGGUGCUGGAGCGCGCCGCGAAGGAGAGCGGGGUGCCGAUCCAGGACAUCUUGGAGAACCUGCCGGCCGAACUCGCCGUCUGGGUGGAUCCCGGCGAGGUGAGCUACCGGAUCGGCGAGCUGAACGCCGUGAAGAUCCUGUACUCGGAGACCGGCGACCCGCACGACGAGACCUCGGCCGAUCGCGAGGUCACCAAGACCUUCAAUCCGGAGGCGCAGUGCUUCAGGCCGAUCGAGGCCGUCAGCACGUCCCUGAGCGGUCUCAGCCUCAGCCCCAAGUCCACGUCGCCGUUCUCGAGUUCGCUCGGCAGCAACGCCAGCAACGGCUCGUCCAACAAUCAGCAGAACGGCCACGGGUCCGGCUCCUCGUCGGCACCCUCGCCCACGCCCAUCACCAGCUCCUUUAAGGGCUCGCCCAGCCCCGUGCCGGCCUUCAUCCCGCGUACCACCGCUCCGCUUACCUUCACCACCGCCACCUUUGCCCAGACCAAGUUUGGCAGCACCAAGCUUAAGACUAGCAGCAAACGCGCCAACAGGAUGUCGCCCACCGAGUUCUCAAACUAUAUAAAGCAGCGCGCAGCGAUGCAGCAGCAGAUCCACCAUCACCACCACCAUCAGCAGCAACAGCAGCAGCAGCACCAGCAGCCGCCGCAGCAGCAACCGCCGCAGCAGCAACAGCAGCAGCAACAGGUGACCGCGGCCGGCGCAGCGGGUCUGCCGGUUUCACAGAACUCGCCGCGCAGUCGCAGUCUAUCACCCGGUAGCAUAGUCGCCGCUGCCCCGCAGCAACACACGGACCCGAGCGCGUACUUCUUUCAGCACGGCCCGGCCGCAGCGGCGGCGGCGGCGGCGUAUCACGCGCAGUUCCCUCAUCGCAACAUCUUCGACUCGUCGAACCACGGCGGCUACCUGCCGGCCGAUCUCUACGCCGGCGCCAAGUUCCCAUCGUCGUAUCUCGACCCGACCGCGCUCGCCGGCCAUCAGUUUUACGGCGGCGGCAUGAACGGCACCGGCGCCAACGGCACUGGCGGCAGCGUAAAUGGCACGGGUACCGGGGCCGCGGGCACCCAGAGCACUGGCAGCGGUAACCUCGGCCCGAUCGGCUCCGCGACGACCAACGCCGGCGCGGCAGCGGCGGCGCAACAGCAACAGGACAAGAGCGCCCUGGUCGAGGGCCUCAACAACUUCGGCCUCGGCUCGGUCGCGCCCUAUCCGGCCAGCCAGUAUCAGCAUCUGCUCGUGGCCAACUAAUACCUCGCCGCGCGUGCUCAUCAAACCAUCAAUGCCGGCAAUGCUGCCGCAGUGGGACGCCGACAGCAUCGGCGUCCCGACGCGCGCGGUCCCGCCCUCGUCAUCGGUGCCGCUGGUCCGACGGCGGGCAGGAAGGAGAACGGAAGACCGUCGUCUCCGAGGCUCCGUCGCCGAGACGGCGUCCAGAGUCCGGCUUCCGUACCUUGAUAACUGGAGUCUGUCCCAGUCUCUGUGUCUCUCUUCCCGGAUCGCGCCAGCAAACGGUCGAUAAGAUUCAUGUGUCCUCUGCCGCGGUUCCCAUCCAGACGCUUUCUCAGGACGCUCUUCCGUUCGAUUUUUGCCAAUACAAGAAACUACUUUGUAUAUACACACUAUCGGUAGCUAUCGACGACCGGGCGAGAGAUAGAGAGCGAGCAAAGACAGGGGGAGAGACAAAAGGAGCCGCCUCGGCGAUCGACACCGAUGACGAUCACGGAAGCGAUCGAGGCGAGGAAAGAAGACGCGAUAGGACGGAGAGCGUGUGCGUGUGGAGAUGAUGCCUGGUUGCGAGAUAGCGUGUGCGUGCAGAACGUCUUAGGCGUGGAGGAGAAAAGAGGAGGAAAAGGAGAAAGGAAACGGCUAAAAACGACUAACGAGAGCGUGUAUAUGUGUUAAAGUUAAAACACCCGAUAAGGACUCGAUUGCGAUGCGAGGCGCGAGGCGCUCGUUCGACGAUAACCGCAUCGCGCCGUGUGACUACUGCACACGUAACACACACGCACAUAUACACCCACAUAUACAUGCACCCAAAGAUAUACGCAUACAUGACGCACCGGCGGAUGUUCGAACGAUGCGUCGAGCGCCGACAUCUGGGACAGUAAAGCCACACUCGACGCAUUACACAUAGAGAUACACGCGAAACACACACACACACACACACACACACACACACAUGCAUAUGCAGCAGAUGUAUACAUACCGAUCUUCCCUUAAACGAUCCUAUACGAUACGAACCCACGCGGGCACACUACGUAGAUCACCACACGUCACACGCGAGACACAUACGUAUUGAGGAGAAAGAGAGAGAAAUCACAUAUAUACGCCAACACUAACCCACACACAGAUAUUACCAAUGUGUAAUAAUUUAUUUUUUCACUGGUAUAUAGUCGGAAAGAAUUGAAUAAUGAAUAUAUCUGUAGAGCCUAUGUAUUAUAUUCAAGAUAUGCACACUCACUCUUCACGGGUUCUCGCGAAACGGUGUAGGAACUACAACAACAAUUAUCCCCGACUCGUGUCGAGCGAACCGUCGACGAGAUUCGAUGUUAGAUCGAUUUAAGGCAAAGGUGUCUUCCAAGCUUUCUCCGCAUCGUGACGUCGCUUGCGUUUCGCGCAGACCGGAUAAUGCAUUUUGGAUUGCAACGCGGAAGCUAUUCAGGCACUAAAUACGUAAAGCGCGCGUCUGUAAACGAAUCUGAAGAUCGCGGGUAGCUUCCCCGCAGAAAACCUUCGAAUAGAGAAAGGAAGAACCUAAAUAAAAUUAAUGACGGCUUGUUCAUUCGCACGAGACGGUACGAUAGUAUGAAGAGGAACAACACGAUCGGGACGAAGGAUCGAACCUUCCACGAAUAUAGUGAUAGCGUAGGGAAAGAAAGAACUGCUCGCAGUUUUAUACCGUUCGGAAAACUCGUCCUCGGUACGAUUUUACAUUUUAUUUUUAUAAUAAAUGCAGUAGAACGUAGGAGAGAGAACGAGAGAGAGAUAGAGAGAAAGAAAGAAAGAGAGAAAGAGAGAGCGAGAGAGAGCAAGAGAGUGUGUGGCGAGUGAUAUGUAAUGGGAGAAAGAGAAAGAGGAGGAGAGGAAGAAGUAGAAAAAGAGCCAGCCGGUGUGUUCGUAAGGGACGUUGAGUGGCCUCGUUGCCGGUCCCCGUCCGCCCCAGAAAAACCAUCGGGAAUCGAUUUCCUUUCGAGAUAUUGCCUUUCGAUUUGACAUCCGGAGUCGAUGACCCUCUAAGCUGUCGGAGAAAACCUCUUCGAAUUGUUAAACCACGGCCCCUUUGCCGCUAUGUGUUUGAACGAAUCCAGAAAUUCCUUUGUUAUUAUUUUAUAUAAUCGUUAUAGAUAGUAUUCUAUUUAUGUAAAUAAUUAUUCGUAGGCGAACAAAAAACAUAAUUUGUUGAUCAAAAUAAAUUGUUUCAAAUACAAUAAUUAAAAGCGCGAUUCAAAGUUUAGCAUCGAAGUUGAGUUCUUGUGACAGCGUCCUUUUAAUCAAACCGAACGGAGAGCUUUACGGUGCUAAAAAAAGUAUCAAGUACAAAGAUAGCGCAAAAAAGAGAGCCAAUCCAAAAGAAGAAUAAUCGGGCGGGCGGAGGGCAGUCUCGCGAGAGCAACGAGUUGUCGCUUAGUGUUCACGAGGUUAAUUAUGUGAUUACAUAAAAAAGGCCGCGCGUUAUUGUCGACGAGUUCGUCUGAUCACGAGAAUUGCGUCGAAAUUCGAUCGUCUUUUAAAACAUUUCAAUUACGAUAUUACACAAUUAUUUUACUUAUUAUAAAAUUAAAAAAAAAACUUUUAUUCUUGUUAUAAAUUAGUCUUAUAGCUAAAUUUUUAAUUCGUCAUUUUUAAAACGUUAUCGGAGCUUUACUUUGCUACUACGUUUCUAUGAAUUUUUGAUAUAAAUGUUAAACGACUACUUUCAAGUGAUACUUUGUAAUGAAAAUUCCUCUCACUUGGUCGGAAGCGUCUUCUUUUUUUAAACUCGUUUAUUAAAAGGAGACAAUUAUGAGUCACGUUUUGGAAGUGAGCCUGUAUAUUCCAUCCAUUCUCGAGAUCGUGCCUCGAAUCAAUAUUGGACCUAAAAAAAAAUUCAAAAUAACUUUGUAAUCUUUCAAGAUAGUAAUAAUAACGUUCGGUAUAUACGCAACUUGAGAAUUUCGAUUCAGCGAAAGUUUCGUGGAUGUUGAUGACGUGGAUUUUUCAUUGUCCGCGAGAAACAUGUGUUUGAUUUCUUUCGACAAUCGCGACUGACAGUCUUGCUGACGAGAGCCGACAGUAACGGCGGCGGAGGUGCCACGAGCCGCGGGCCGCGCGCACUAGGUGCUAAAAGUAUUCAAAAGUGUUUAAUCCUGUGGUCGUGGGACAAAAUCGAGGAGAACGGGCCCGGGGAAAGGAAUCCCGGAGAUCGCCAGAGGUGCCGGUCCGAACCGAUUAGGCCACGCAUCUCCUCUCCUUAGACUAAUUUCUACGGCAACAUGAUCUUUAGGGACGAGAUGUGUGAUUGAGUCGUUCUUUCUUACGCGCACUUUUGUAUAGAACUCGUAGCGAAUUAUUCUUAAUCCCCCUAAUUAAUGAACGAUAUUCCCUGCUGCGGCGAUUCAAGAAACGAAGCAGUUCGUGCUUCGUAAGGUCCAUUUUGUAAGACACAGAUGAUACUUACCUCGUCCUUUGGAACUUGCGAUCGCGAAUUUCGUGUGCCGCAUUAAAGAAACGAAGGGAAUCGUUUUUUUACACGACAUCUUGAUCCAAAGCAUAGUUACAAAUUUAGUCAUAAAUGCGUUGGCUAUAGAAAAAAUACGGGGUCGGCGGUGAUCUCCGGGCGGGCCUGGUGGAUGUGAAACAAGUUUUAACCGCGAAAUUAACUAAGUAGACGUGAGGGUGGACGCUGAUGAAGGACAGAACCCUUUAGUAAUAUCUAAACUUAAUUGUAACUAUUAACGAUACGUACGACUGUGGUAGCUAUGCUAGUACCUGCUAUUGUUAAAGAGAAAUUGACGAAGAUGCGAGUAAGAUAAAGAUGAUGAAUGGAGAGAGAGAGAGAGGGAGGGGGAAAAAUGCCGCUUGAAAAAAAUCGAAUUGCAACAUGAUGUCUCGGUGCGUAUCGAGAUUGAUUGAUCGACUCGAUAUCUGAAAAAUAAAGCCUCUUUAUCUAUAAAUAUUUCCUACUAUGAUUUACUUUAUCGAUUUUGAAAAUAUAAUUUAUAGUUAUCACAAAAUUAUUAAAAUGAUUUCUAAAAUUAUUCCUUCAUAGAAUACUAAUGUCGAUUUUCCAAACGAGUAAUGUUAAAAAUCACUUUUGAUAACAUUUGAUAAAUUUAUUUUCUUUUUAGAUACGCACUCGAGUAUCAUUCUGCAUCGAGAUCAGUUUCGCAUCGCGUUCCGUCAACGAGUCUCGCAAACGAUGACGCAAAGAGAAUUCAUCUCUCAACGAAAUGGAUCUGAGUUAAAAUUUCUCUCCUAUUUUUGAUCUCAAUUUUCAAUCCAAUAUCUAUUUGAUACUUUAUAAACAAGAUUAUUUUCCUUUGAAAGUGUUUAAUCUACAGUUAUGUCGUAAGCUCCUUUUUUAAAUCUCUAAGUAGGAAAACUAUUCGUUGUUUAUUUGAAAUACAAAAAUAGGUAACUUAAUUCCUAUAUGAAUUAAAAAUCGAAAUCUUUCAAAAAUCAUGAGAAAAUUGCAAGUAAAAAUAGGAGCAAAAUUUUAAUUCGGAGCGCUCCUCUUUUUCUGUCGCCUCGUCACGAUCGAGAGAAUGCGGCGUUUGGUAAUUUUUCCAACGGUUCGACCGUGAUUUCUUGAGCGGCAUAAUUUUUUUGAUUUUUUUCACGAAAAUUAAAUCGAAGAAAAAUCCGUUGAUCUUUGCAUCGCGAGUCUUGGGCACGACUAACUUUUUGCGCAAGAAGAGAUUCCGGCCACGAAAGAGAGAAAGAGAAAAGGUGUUUCUCUCUCCUGGCACGAGAUCCCGAAAGUUUCAACGUCGCAUUCUACUGACAUUUCAAGCAGCCGGACGACGAAGACGACGGUUGAAAAGAAAUCCGUGCGCGGACGGAAAACUUUUGGAAAUCAUCGCGUCCGCGGAAACUUCGCAGACUUUAAACGAAUCUCGGGCCUUCGGGCUUUCGAAUGGCACUCGAAUAACACACGACGUUUAUAUGAAAGACGUCGGCUUACGGUCGACGUGUACGCGAUUCGAAAAUUUCACGAUCGAGCGAGGGCGACGGAAAGGAAGGAGAGAGGAGGAACGACGGAGUACAAAGUGCGAAAUUACGGGGAUAGGACGAGACAUAGGAGGAGAGAACGAGAGUGGCAACUCACAAUGCAAUAAGUCGCGAAUCAAAUGGAUCUCGGGCUUGAGACGAGAGGCUCAGAUUAGCGAAGAAUCAAACACGAUGUAUACUCUUCAAAACAAACAAACAAACAAAAGUGAAACUAAGAGAAUAAAAAAACGGGGAUAUACUAAAUACAUAGGAGAUGCGCGCAAUAAAAUGCGCAUUGGGCGCGAAUAGAGCGGCACGAAUCAACAGUGAGAAAGAGAGAGAGAGAAAGAGAGAGAAAGUGAAAGAACGAGAGGAAAAAAUUAAGCGAAUCUAAUUAAUACUGAUAGAGCAUAUAUUAAUUGAGAUACAAAAAACAUAGUAUUAUACGUUUACGAUACGAUUGUAAUGAACACUUUGUAAGCGAGAAAAAAAAAGUUACGCAUAGUUUUUUCCAUACCCCGUAAAAUGGAUGUACUAAUUCGUUGAAAGGGAAAGUUCAGACAGAAGUCACACAUAUAAGUAAGUGUACACAUACGCGCACACGUACACACACACACACAUACACGUACACAUUUGUUCAAAGUCACUCGGGUACACACAAGAGUUUAUAAGAAGAAAAAAAAGAAGUCAGUAAUCUGUCUCUUUAAAGUAUCAUGUGUCUAUAAACUAUAGCGAGAUCGAUAUUGUCUCUUACAUAAAUGGCAAAAAAAAAUAAUACAAAUAACCGUGGUAACGUCGUGUAAAGUAGCGAUAAAACAAACACACUCUGCAAUAUAUAUAUGACAUAAUAUAUAUAUACAUAUAUAUAUAUAUAUAUAAUAUAUAUUCUUACAUUUAUAAAGGUGAAACACACAUAUGCGAGGAGUGUAUGUGGGACGAGCAGUUUGCAGGAAGCCCGAAAGACCGUGCGAUCUCCGCGCAUCCGAGAGGUAUCGAACGACGCGAAUGAAUAAAAAAAAAAUCAAUCUUCUUCCAUCUUCCGCCAAAAUUAUCCCGAACGAGAGGAGAGAAGAGGAUGGCGUAUUUCGAUAUCGUCGAAUGUGCAUGGAGAUGUCGCACGGAUACACACGACACGUAUACAUACACACACAAUGUACACACACACAAGAGAGAUUUCCAAAAAAAAAAAA